AUGGGCAACGGUCAUCAUCACCAUGAGGUUGAUUAUUAUGCGAGGAAUUUGAAGACUGUUAGCACGAUUUAUAACUUGACUGUUUAUCCAAACAACCUCCCCAUAAUCGUCAACGGCUCCUCAGCCGUGCCCCCAUCUCUUUUCUCUGCGAACGCUACCGGCCGCGUUACUCCCCUCGGAAACUUCACAUCCUUCGAAGAUAGCAUCGAGUAUUUCUUCGCUCUUGCGUUGGUCCCAGCGCCGCCAGCCUACAGUGUAUUCUCGAAUGCGGAGGUUGUUGAGUUCAGCAGUGGAUGCCCGGAGGUUGCUGCAAGUGUUGCCUAUCUGACGACAAGUGUCUGGUCUGGAAAUGCCUCCGCCCCAGGACCUUAUUUGAGUACCCUGAAACAGAUCGCAUUCUGGCGCUUCGACAAGAACGGCGCAGUCCAAGACUACGACGCCUGGAUCCCCAACCUAAACGACUGGAAUUACCUCGCAGAAGGCAAACUCGACAUCUCCAAUCCGCUCGUGCAAGCCGGCGAGAUCCAGCAACUAUGCCCUCUCAUCCAACAACGCUGCACUGGCUCAAAUCAACAAUAUACCGACGUAAACCAAUGCGUCUCAAUCCUAUCCAACAAAACAUUCGGCAACUUCGACGAAGUGUGGGGAAAUAACGUCGUUUGCAGAAGUAUACACGUUAUCCUCGCGCUAGUAAACCCAGUAGAGCAUUGUCCGCAUGUGGGACCGACGGGAGGCGGGAAGUGUGUGGAUGAGCCGUAUAAUGAUGGUUAUUUCGAUGAUGAGGCCCUGUUUGGGAGGCCGGAGGGACAAGUGUUUGUUUGUGAUAAGAAGGGUGGCAGGGGUUGGAGGGAUUAG